CCUCCUCCUCCUCUUAAGGCUACUUCACCAGAUGGUGCAGCCUUUUCUUUUGUUUACCCAUCAUCGUCCCUGAGUUUACCUCAGCUACCAAACUAUGGAAACAGCCCGAGGAGCAUCACCGCGUCGCACACCCACAAGUUAACUGAGCCCGUGAAUUGGGAGGAGAGAGGGUGACACCAGGAUGGGAAUGCUCCAGUAGCAAGGCUGUGCCAGAACUGAGGACAAAAUUUUCACCCCUCUGCUGCAUUUAGAACCGCUACUCAUAUUUUCGUAGCAGCUUGACAGCAGUUUGCCAAGAAGACAAGACGUUGGAAUAUGCCCUGCGUUCCUGCUUGAGCAGAGCCUCUAGGGAUGUACGAUGACUAAUUGAAACUUGCUGAAUCAAUGGACAAGAGGAAGUUCCCUGGCACAAUGUUCAGGCAAGGGGACGCGUCAUCCAAAAGACGCCCUUGUGGCGGAAGCGGGACGCCCCAGCCUCCGCCACCCUCCUCCUCUAUGCAGCAGGGUCGUAUCCGAGCCGUGGAGGUGGCGAGAGGAAGAACCGGGUACGGCUUUACGCUGUCAGGCCAAGGUCCAUGUGUCCUCAGCUGCAUCCUGAAAGGGAGCCCCUCAGACUAUGUAGGUUUGCGUUCAGGAGACCACAUCCUCUCCGUGAAUGACAUCAACGUCUCCAAGGCGUCGCAUGAAGAUGUGGUCAAACUGAUUGGACGCUGCACCGGUGUCUUGAAGCUGGUCAUCGCUGAGGGGGAGCGCCACAGGCGGCACCACCACCACCACCACCAACGCACCUCUGGAAGUCGCCAUCAUAGCAGCAACACAAUGGCAGCAUCGUACCUGGACUCAUGCUCAAGUGAUGAUGAGUUGGAUGGUUUCUAUGACAACAGUGUUAACAACAACAAUAACAGCAGGUCAGGCUGUGGAGCCCGUGGGGGGUGGUACAAACCCAAACUGGACUCUAAGCAGCUGGGCAUCAACCGGGCAGAGAAGGUCGUGGCAGAACUGCAGUCCGGAGGGAUUUUUAACAUGAUCUUUGAGAACUCCAGCCAGUCCUCCAGCAGCUCAGACAAGGAGAGACCUGGGCCCAGCUCAUCAUCAAAGCCACGGCCUCUGUCCGAUCCAGAUUUCCCUCCUUAUCGGAGCUCGUCCCGUUCCCAGAGCAACCCCAACCUGCUCUCUGAGGAGGAGAUGGCCCAAGUUCUGAAUGACGACUCGGUCUUCCUGGACGCAGACUUCCGUCAUCUCCACCUUCAACACCACGAAGAGCAAGACUUGGAUGUAGGAGAUGGGGCCGACUUUGGCCUAGAGCCCAGCGAGGGCAUCCUUAACGUGGGCAUGAUUGUCGGCUAUCUGGGCUCCAUUGAGCUGGCCUCCAUUGGGGCGAGCUUAGAGAGUGACAGCCUGCAAGCCAUCAGAUGCAGCAUGAGGCGCCUCCGGGCCGAGCAAAAGAUCCACUCACUGGUCCUUAUGAAGGUCAUGCACGACAGCGUGCGUCUGUGCAGUGACAGAGGUCAGGUCUUGGCCACCUACCCCGCAGAGAAACUAGCCUUCAGCGCCUGCUGUCCCGACGACCGUCGAUUCUUCGGACUGGUCACGAUGCAGGCCACCGACGACCACGACGACUGUCACUUUAGCAACGGACGAGAUGAAGAUGGCAGUUUGAGGACUUCCUGUCACGUGUUCAUCGUGGACCCAGACCUCUGUCACCACCAGGUCCAUUUAGGUGUAGCGAUGAGGUUUGGCUUUGAGUGCACCCCCGACCCAGACACAGGAGGCUGCCUGGAAUUCCCGCCCAGCUCUCAGCCUCUCCUCCAGUUUGUCUCUGUCCUCUACCGGGACAUGGGGGACAACAUUGAGGGGGUCCGGGCCCGGGCCUUCCACGAUCCAGACAACGACGCCCAGCAGAACCACAGCACCAGCAGCAACAGUGACAGCGGGAUCGGCAACUUCUUACCAGAAGAGAAGAGCAACAGAGUGCUUUUGGUAGACCUCGGAGGUCCUCCUAACCACAACCACGUCUCUGGGCCGCGCCACUGGGACAGCCCGCCUUCAUCCCAGCAGGCCUGGAGCCCCACCCUAGGAGCCGCGGCCCCUCACCCACCUCCUCUUCCUCCGCCAGCUCUGAGAAACGGCCACUACCGUCACGAGCCACACCUGGCUGACCUCCCUCACCCUCUCCCCAUGGCUCACCCCGAUGUCCCCAUCAGGCACCCUCGAGGGGUCAACCCACACCACUACUCGCAGGGGAAGCGGGGAGGAGCCGUGGGGGGAGGAGAAAAGAGAGGGGGCGGAGGAGCAGGAGCAGGAGCAGGGGUGGAGCCGCAGCGGUGGCUGCCAGUCCAUGUGCUGAGAGACUGGCGUCAGCAGCACCACCACAGCCACCUCCAGGGCCUGAGCAGCGAUCAGGAGUCCUACGCCGAAUCCACCGACGGAUGGUCGUCAGCUAACUGCAGCACCCUGCCCCCACCCAUGAGUAAGAUCCCUGCCGACCGCUACCGGGCCCCGCUGGCCCCCGGAGACCACCUGCCGCCACCUGGAGGGAACCAUCCUCCUCCUCCUCCUCCUCCUCCUCCUCCACCACAUCCCCAGUCCCACACCCACCGGCUGGCUGUUCAGAAAGAUGAGUGGGCUAAGAAGCUAUUUGGUGCUGGAGACAGGGAGAGAGCCGGAGCAGAGAGAGGGGAAAAAGAGAAGAAACGAGGGAAUGCAAAGGAAGGAGAGAAAAAGGGUGGUCGCUUCCGUGGUUUGACCAUGGGCUUCCCUCCUCUCCCCCAGCGCUCCUCAGCCAGACGCUCCUUUGGACGUUCCAAACGUCACAGCCUGGCCCGCUCUCUGGAUGACCUGGAGUCCACUGCAGUCUCCGAUGGAGAACUUAACAGCGUGGAGCUGCAGGGCUGCAGCAGCGACAACAGUCUGAACAGUAAUGCCAGCCUGCCCAGCGUUCAGAGCCACCGGCGCCACACUGAGAGGAGAGUGGCCAGCUGGGCUGUCUGCUUCGAGAGACUUCUGCAGGACCCCGUGGGAGUCCGCUACUUCUCGGAGUUCCUAAAGAAAGAGUUCAGUGAGGAGAACAUCCUGUUCUGGCAGGCCUGUGAGUUCUUCAGCCACGUCCCUGAGAAUGACAAGAAGCAGCUCUCUCAGCGUGCCAGGGAGAUCUACAACAGCUUCCUGUCCAGUAAAGCCACAACGCCGGUCAACAUCGAUAGUCAAGCUCAGCUCGCUGACGACAUACUCAACGCCCCCCGACCUGACAUGUUCAAGGAGCAGCAGUUGCAGAUCUUCAACCUGAUGAAGUUCGACAGCUACACGCGGUUCCUCAAGUCUCUGCUGUACCAGGAGUGCAUGCUGGCGGAGGUGGAGGGGAGGCCCCUGCCCGACCCGUACCACGUCCCCAGCAGCCCCACCUCCAAACACAGCACCACCGGCUCCGACCGCUCCAACCUGUCCACGCCCAAGAAGGAGGACAAAAAGAGCAAGUCGGGCAGAUCUUUAAACGAGGACGGUCGGGAUGAUUCAGGAGACCGGAAGAAAGGCUUGUUCUUCUCCUGGUCCCGCAACAGGAGCUUCGGCAAAGGUCCCAAGAAACGAGAGCUGACCGACUUCAACUACAAUUUCUCUGGCAGCAAUGGUCGCCGUGAAUCCCAGGGCUCGCUGUCUUCAGGAGCCAGUCUGGAGCUGGGGACGUCGGGGUCGGGGAAGAACGAGGGUGAUGUAGCCCGUGGUGCAGUAUCAGUGUCAACAGAGCGUGGAGGGAUCAGCGCCCCCUUGAGGCAGUGUAACAUAAGCUUGCCGGACGGCUCAUGUUGCUCUGUGCCACUGAGGGCCGGGGUGUCUAUCAGGGACCUGCUGCUGGGCCUCUGUGAGAAGCUCUGCAUCAACCUGGCAGCUAUAGACCUCUUCCUGGUUGGAGGGGAGAAGCCACUUGUUUUAGACCAAGACUGUAUGACGUUAUGCUCUCGGGACCUCCGACUAGAAAAACGCACUCUCUUCAGACUCGACUUGGUCCCUAUUAACCGCUCAGUGGGCCUAAAAGCAAAGCCCACCAAGCCGGUGACUGAGGUCCUCAGGCCUGUGGUGGCCAAAUACGGCCUGCACCUCGCUGACUUGGUGGCACGCAUUAGUGGGGAGUUGGAGCCAUUAGAUCUAGGUCUUCCUAUAUCCAACCUGGACGGGCUGCGAGUGGUAUUAGAUAUUGCAGAAAACACUCCUGGAAAAGCAGACAAACAGAAAGUAGCUCCCUCUAAGGGCCUCGUCCCGGCCUCGACAAGCAGAAACCAAUCGACAACAGGGGAGGACAGGCCGUCAGGGACAGCCGGUUCAGACCACCCCCAUGGGGAAAAUGGCAAGACUGGGCCCGGCCCAGACACAAGCAGCCGGCCCGUCCCCAACCACUCUGUCUCUAUCCAUAAGGCUCCGGAGAAAAGAAAGCAGAAAAAGAUUAAUAUAGACGAAGCUGAAGAGUUCUUCGACCUCAUAUCCAAAGCUCAGAGCAACCGAGCCGACGACCAGCGAGGCCUGCUAAACAAAAGCGACCUGCAGCUCCCAGAUUUUCUGCGCCUGUCGCCGGUGGCAACCAAGCAGGGCGCGCCCCCUCCCUACAACCCUGAGCCCGGUUGCUCCACCCCUUAUUCCCAUAACCCCAACAACGGCAGCUUCCCUAGCAGCGGUCGCCGGGGCAAUAAGGCGAACAGCAACGACAGGGGAGGAGGAGGCGGCGGCACCCACUUGCUCAGCGCGAGCCAUCAGUCCCAGAGCUUGGACUCUGCACUGGGAACUGAGAGCGGAGGGGGGAGGAAAGCCAGACCACCCCCUCCGUUUCCCAGCGCCAUCUCCCCCAUCCACCCGUCCCAGGGUGGCCAGCGUGGUCUCCUCCAGGACUCUGGCAGGGGAGAAUCGGUCCAGAUGCUGGAGGAGGACACGCUGUCGGAUCUGACUCUGGUGGGAGAGGGGGACAUUAACAGCCCCAGCCUCAACUACGUCACUCCGUCAGCCCUACAGUGCAAACCCCACCCCCAGCCCCACCCCCGACCCCAACAACAACAAGCACAGGACGGUCGGCCGAGCUCAGGUACUUCCCCAGUGUGAACUCUAAAAAAACUUUUGAACUUUCACCUCUUCCUUCACCUGACUGCGAGCGGGACUGGUGACCCAAUGAAGUCAGUUUGAAGUUGGUCACACUUGGCCCCAGAAUGCAUCCAGAUCUCCUCCCUUUAUUUCAUAAAUCACUUUCUACUGUCUAAUUAAAAUUACGGAUCAUUUAAUUCCAGAAAAUACAGCAAGUAAUGUAAAAGAUUGAGCUUUCAUCACAUGCCGUAGAAAUGAGUGUUAAUUUAGUCAAACAACGGAUAUAGUGAGUUGACAUAGUGAUGUACUGUAUGCACUACCUUCAACAGUCAACAACAGCCUUAAGAUAAACCAGGUCAGACCCAUGAAGAGAGGAAAGAUGGAUGCAUUAGGCUUGGACAGAUCUUGUCCACAUUACAUUUCCCUGCGUGGUUUGUAUCUGUGUGAACUUCUGAGCGGACUUGCUGUGGAUUAUUUUCUGGAGACGUUAGCUCGAGGACGAGCUCAGGAUGACCAGUGCCAAACUCCCUCCUCCAACCCUCCUCCAGUGUACAGAAUCUAACAAUGCACUUUAGCCAAUUACAAACAAGAUUUCACACAUUUUAAAAAAUAAUUUUCUCCCUGCUUUGUUUUUAUUUGUAACCCUCUGAGACCCACAAUAGACCCGUUUUUGUCUUGUUUAAGGGGGUACAGGGGGUCUUUAGGGGGAGAUAGCAG